AUGUCCCAUGGCGCCUUCACCGCCGCCAUCGGGGCCGAAGUCCACGCCUCCUGGUACCUGGUCGCCGCUGCAGCCUCCGCUUCCGAUUCAGAGGGCACUACCGCCAUCGUUGACCCCUUAGCACACCUCUCGCGCCGAGGCGACAGCAGAAACUGCAGAGAGGAGGGCAACACCGACGCCGCAAAAUUGAUGCAUGUGCUUGGCGUAGACUCUUUGGUUGCGGUUGGGAUAAGGCAAUGGUUCAGAAAAGAGAUGGAAGCUGAUGUGACGGUGUUUGUCGGCUUUGUUCGGCUACUAAUUAGUAGUGACGGCGGUGAUGGGAAGGAGUAA